AGGAAUCUCAUACAUCAAAUCGACAAUGGGCAACUGCAUAUCGACCCCAAAAAUGGAACUCCUCGACCUACCAAACGAAGUCUUGCGGGGGAUCUGCAACCAGUUGGCUGGACCACGUUAUGUCACGCAGGGACAGACCAUCUUCUCCACUUUCGAAUUUAUACCAGACAGUCCGUCACUCGCCAGCCUCUGCCUCGUGUGCAGGCGCUUUUGCGACAUUGCACAGCCUGUCCUGUUCCAAACAUAUCAUAAGAAUGUGGAUUGGAACGACAGAUCCGAGCAUAGGCUCUUCUACUUCACCCUCGCCGUCGCCCGAAACCCGCGGCUGGCCUCGUACGUUCGCAUGGUGCACGCCGCAUACCUGCAGCCAGAUUGGGUUUCCAAGGACACGGCAGACGACACUUUUCUUGCCUCCAUCGCCAAGGAAAGGCUGGGAUUUCCCAGCAAAGACAAUUUGAGUCGGGACCGUGAUCAUUACAGCCAGCCCAAGAAUUUCCUGGCCGAGGUGGUACCGGCCCUGCUGUUUCUCCUUUGCCCAAACCUGGAGGAGUUCGAGGUCGACAUCCCCGACUUGGAAGCAGAUGCCAAUGGUUGGAUCCAGGGUUGGACCAAGGGGCCGUGGAUGAAUGCAGACCGGGUUGCCGAUCAGUCUGGCGAGCACAGCAGGAAACUGGCCCUCAGUUCGCUGGCCCUGGAAUUUGGAUAUGAGGAUUGUCCAGGGGAAGACAUGGUGAGCCCCGACCUGGCUUUGGUCAACGACAUUGUGCGCUGUUCACCGCAGCUCCGAGAGCUCAGAGUCAACAGCUGCCUGUGCCUAUUCGAGCCCGAAAAUAUCGAACUGGGCAACCUGACUCUCCUGCACCUGCGCAACUGCGGCCUGAACCUCUUGAGCCUGCGUGGCGUCCUCAAGGCGGUAGUGCGGCUCGAGAACUUUAGCUAUACGCCGUUUGGACUAUAUUGCGAGACCAACGAAACCAGACCCCUCGGCGACCAGAGCCUGCCGGGGGAGUUGUUCGAAGCCCUGGCCGCCAGCCCCUGCCACGAGACGCUCACGCACCUAUCCAUCGACUUUGACUGCCCCGCCGACGUGCUGGGAGAAGGGCAAAACCUGACGAGCUUCCUGGCCGCGCGUCCACCGUCGUCCAGAUUCCCCUUCCCCGGGCUGCGGACGCUGGUGCUGUCGGACAGCUGCCUGUACGGGCCUGGCUAUCGCGGCGGAUCCCAGGUCCUGGCCGACGCGCUGCCGGCUGGCAUGAGGGAGCUCGAGGUCACGGCCGUCAGGGACCCGCUGAGGCCGCGGGAUGACCUCGUGCGGGUGGCGAAGCGGUCCAGCGCGCUAGAGCUGCCCGAGAUGCGGGUCACUUCGGUCAUGGAGGCCAGGGGGGAAAAGCAGGAGAUCAGCACCAGGUGGGACCGGGACUUCGGGUACGAGCCGUUGUUUGACGCGCUGGACGAGGAGGCUGGAGAUGUGGCGAGGUGUCACUACUACCAGCAGAAUAUCAACUCUUCCUUGAGCAUGUAACUACCUAGGUCGAGUUGUUUGUUGAGGCUUUGCGGGAGGUCCAGGAUCCACAAUCAUGGUCACUGUGGGGGUAUUUAAUAGGUACGUAGAGUCAGUAUUUGCAGCACAAGCCCUAAUGUUUCUAUCCUUUUUCCACUUUGAUCGACAGAAACGAGGAGAAAGAGGGGGUUCAUUAGAUUGCAUAAGCGGUGAAUGCCAAGCUGCAUAUGUGCCUGUGCAGGCUAGACAGUGUCGAAUCGUAAUUAAUUGGGUAAUUUACAUGGUAUAUUUGCGUUGCUCCUACAUCGCACAAUAGCUUGUGCCACUGCGAAGCGGACAGGCCCGCAAUACAAAGUACGUCGAC